CUAUUGAAGACACCCCAGCCAUGAUGACGUCCCCCCUCUACCUGGAGAUCGUCAUCUACUGCAUCGGGGCCUUCCUCAUCUCCUGCAUGGUGUUGACCAUCAUCAUUUACAAGUUGAAGAGCACCACCAAGAAGACAGACUUCAACAGCCAGCUGGCCGUGCACAAGCUGGCCAAGAGUAUCCCCCUGCGCAGACAGGUGUCAGCCGACUCCAGCUCCUCCAUGAACUCGGGCGUGAUGCUGGUGCGGCCCUCACGGCUCUCCUCCAGCGGCACCCCCAUGCUGGCUGGCGUCUCCGAGUAUGAGCUUCCCGAGGACCCGCGCUGGGAGCUGCCCCGGGACAGGCUGAUCCUGGGCAAGCCCCUGGGAGAAGGAUGCUUCGGGCAGGUCGUGCUGGCAGAAGCCAUCGGCCUCGACAAGGACAAGCCCAACCGCGUGACCAAGGUGGCGGUGAAGAUGCUCAAGUCCGAUGCCACAGAGAAGGACUUGUCCGACCUCAUCUCUGAGAUGGAGAUGAUGAAGAUGAUCGGCAAGCACAAGAACAUCAUCAACCUGCUGGGAGCCUGCACGCAGGACGGACCCCUCUAUGUGAUUGUGGAGUAUGCAAGCAAGGGCAACCUGCGGGAGUAUCUGCAAGCCCGGCGGCCCCCAGGCAUGGAGUACUGCUACAACCCCAGCCGUGUCCCUGAGGAGCAGCUCUCCUUCAAGGACCUUGUCUCCUGUGCUUACCAGGUGGCCCGGGGCAUGGAGUACCUGGCCUCCAAGAAGUGUAUCCACAGGGACCUGGCAGCCAGGAACGUCCUGGUGACAGAGGACAACGUGAUGAAGAUCGCUGACUUCGGGCUGGCCCGUGACAUCCACCACAUUGAUUACUACAAGAAGACGACGAACGGUCGCCUGCCAGUGAAGUGGAUGGCCCCCGAGGCUCUCUUCGACCGAAUCUACACCCACCAGAGCGACGUGUGGUCCUUUGGGGUGCUUCUCUGGGAGAUCUUCACACUGGGUGGGUCGCCCUACCCCGGAGUGCCUGUUGAGGAGCUCUUCAAGCUGCUGAAGGAAGGUCACAGGAUGGACAAGCCCAGCAACUGCACCAACGAGCUGUGAGUGCAGUGCUGGGACAGGGAAGAGGGGGGACACUGGCACCCCAAUACCCUUUGAGUGGGGGGACAGGCAGAUACUUGGAAGGAUGCCUGGUCCUCUCCUGAGCCCAUCCUCGGGCUUUGUCCCUCCCAGGAGUACCUGGACCUCUCCAUGCCGCUGGAUCAGUAUUCUCCCGGCUUCCCGGACACCCGCAGCUCCACCUGCUCCUCGGGAGAGGACUCUGUUUUUUCCCACGACCCGCUCCCGGACGAGCCGUGCCUUCCUAAGUUCCCCCCUCAGCACACCAACGGCGGACUGAAGCGACACUGA